CAACAGGCGUGCGCUGACCUAACCUAAAAAGGUGUGAUUAGGGGGCAUGACCUCAUCUCUCCCCCAUCCACCCGGCCAGGCCAAUGACAUUUACUACUUCGAAGCCAAAACAUUCCGCAAUAACAAAACUGCUAUACACCCGAGGCUUACAGUUAUAUCCGAUAUAAAAGUUUAGAAAUUAGUAUGUUGUCAAUCCCCAGCUGCAUGACAUCAUUCCACGUCGAAACACUGCCUGUGACAUUUUGCUGUAAUAGACGAUGACCACUGAACGUCAAGGGCCAGUGACAAAUGGGUCGCCGGAGGACGAUGACAUGUUUGAGAGAGAUCUCAAGGAGAUGCUUGAUGACGGUCCCAACCUCGGAGAUGCCAGCUCCAACGUCCAGGGCGGAGUCCCCACCAGGAUGUCGGCCUCAUACACAGAGGGUGCAGUCACGCCCGGAAGUGGUCUGUCUCAAGCACGACUAACCCGCUCCUAUACCAUGCCUCCUGCCACAAGCAAUGUGCCAUUAUCGUCCGGAUCACAGAGUAAUGGCGAUUUUGUUCCCAAGUCCAUCACUCAGGCAGCUUCCAAGAUAGAAUCUCUCAAGGAGUGGAGUAUUAACACGUUUAAGUGUACAAAACAGUUUCUUUCGGAGCGACUAGGCAAAGGUUCCAAAACGGUUGACCUUGAACUUGAAGCUCAGAUAGAAGUGUUGCGGGACACGCAGAGGAGAUAUUCUCAAGUCCUGCGCAUGGCUCGUGCACUGACCAAUCACUUCUAUUACGUGGUGCAGACUCAGAAGGGACUGGGAGAGACAUUCUCCGAAUUAGCGCAGAAAUCUCCCGAGUUGCAGGAGGAAUUUACCUACAACAGUGAAACACAGAGGUCGCUGGUGAAAAAUGGCGAAACGUUGUUGGGUGCUCUGAACUUCUUUACGUCAUCAGUAAACACAUUGUGUAAUAAAACGAUGGAGGACACACUAACGACCGUGAAGCAAUAUGAGAUGGCCAGAUUGGAGUAUGAUGCAUACCGCACUGAUUUAGACACCCUCGGCCUUACUAGUCCAAAGGAUUCUGCUACGCUUAACAGACUUGAAGCUGCUAAAAAGAAAUUUGAGGAACAUAAAAUUAAAUUUGAGAGACUGAGAUCAGAUGUUGGAAUCAAGUUGAAAUUUUUAGAAGAAAAUAAGGUUAAGGUGAUGCACAAACAACUGCUGCUGUUUCACAAUGCUAUUUCUGCGUACUUCACGGGAAAUGAGUCGAUGUUGGACUCGACGCUGAAGCAGUUUAACAUAUCGCUGAAACGCCCCAACUCCGACAAACCAUCCUGGAUAGAGCAAUGAGAAACCCAUGAAGCAACUGUGAUGUCUUGAUCUCACACCAUUUCUAACAGCCGUUGUGCGGUGUCUUCACCGAGAUCAUACAUUUAUAGUCAUAACAAUCAGGCAUAUAAUAUAGAAGUUAUAGUAUACGGCAUCAGAAAGGGCACAUAAUUGCAGUAUCUGCCACCACAUACAGAAGUGAUGUUAUAUAAUUGAAUCAUGGAGUAAAUAAAUUUAUUUUAAAACAUAAUUUAUCACAAAAUAUGAGUGAUAAUAUCAGUGUUUUAACUUUUGUUUUUAUGUUGAAUAACAAAAUGGCACUUUUUAAAUUAUAACAAAAAAUAGUUUUCUCUUUAAAAUGUAUAUUUUAUGAAAUUUUAUAUUCAAAUUUUUUCAGUGGAUUCCUUCUUAAUUGUCUCCUAAAUUAAAAGUUACUGUUAAAUUGUAUGUGCCAUUUGGGAUGUUGUGUAGUAUAUAGGUCUGAUUGCAAAAUAUAUUAACAUUACAUGUAUCACAAUAUUAGAUAUCCAUUGACGUUUAAAUUAAAUAUCCAUCUUUUCACUUGAUCAUUGAAAUAUCGGGUUAACUGGUUGUCUUGCUGUUCUUUAAGAGUGUGAGCGAAAUGAUAUGCAGUUGUGUUCUAUGUCUUCUGUACAGAAUGGGAACAAGAAUAGUUUUUAUACAGUGUACAUUGUAUUUGUUGCCAUUGCUUAUUGUGUUAAGCCUGUUCCAGAUUAGGAGAUCGAUCAGUCAAAUGGGGUGGGACGCAUUUAUCUAUAAUACCCACCAUCAGCAACUCAAAAUUAUUUGGUUCAUUUUAUUUGCUUUAAAAAUAGUCCAGUAGACCCACCAGGUGUUUUUUAACUUUGUCGUUUCCUCACAUGUUAUAAUUUACAGGUUUACUGGUUUUAAAACUUUAUAAAAUUUGGUCACUACCUUGUUAGGUUUGAUUUCCCAUUUCGGUAGUAGUUUCCUUCUCAGGGAAUGUGAAAGGAUGAAGGAUAUAAUGUAGAUUGCUAAUGAAUUGCAUUUCAACAAGGAAGAUGGCUACUACUAAAAUAUUCAAAAUAAUUUGAUACAAAGUGACCAUAUUUUUCUUAAUUUGUCCCUAUUUGAUAAAUUCAUACAGUAUAUAAAUGAAAACUUGUGCUGUUAUAUAAUUUACUCUGUUUUGAUAGGACAAUGUCAUUAACAAACUUAAUGUUAUCCAUUGAUAAACCUCAAAAAACUAAAUUGUUACAUCAAAUGGGACGUCAUUGCCUAAAUCAGAUCAUGGAAAGGAUGUUAAAAACUGAUGUAUGUGUAUUUUGAACGAAAUAGGUCGUGUUGUUUGUAAUUAUAAGAUUUGUGUGUCCUUUUUUUGUGAAUUUAUAGAUCUGUAACAAAUUUAAUAUAAAAUCACUUCACUAUUCUAUUUUAGUCAGUUCAGUAAAUUUGCAAAAAAAUGACACACAUUUCUUAAAUAAAACUUUAAUUACAUGCUAAUAGACAAUUUGUUUGGGAAAGACUUUAAAGCCUCAACUCUUGACUUUAAAGGUUUAUUGCAUGGGGCCAGAAAAAACUUACUUAUACAGAUAUCAUUUGUUUGUAGCUGGUAAAUUAAUAUAUUAGUGUUCAGUUAAUAAGGAAUGAACAACUUAAUACAGAUUUAUUUGUAUUUAUACCAGACAGUACACAUGCGGUUUAGUGUUAAAAUGUCAAAUCUUAGCCCUUUAAGAAAUAUUUGUGUUUUAGUUAACAGCUUCCACUGACCAUCUAAUUAACAUGUUUAAAUUUAUUUUAUUUCUGCAUACAAAAAUAAAUGUGACAUGUUAUUUAGAGGGAAGUAUUCAAAGGUUAUUUUCUCUGUAUUCUUUGACCAUCUUGAUUGUCAUUUGGUGUUCCCUUUGAUCAUCAUGGUAAAAAGUUUUCCCAAAUUCUCAAAGGUGAGGUAGUAAUGAAUAUUUUGUCUGUUUCAAUUGAUUUUUGUUCUAUUUGGUGACACAUACCAUACCACCAAACACUGUUCAAAACACAUGGGUAUCAGCAGUUGUUUUGGUAACAUAAAAAACUAUAUUUCUCAAAAUCAAAGUUUGACACAGAUUAAUUGCAAUAAUUAAUGUGUGUCAAUGCAUGGUUUAAUACCUCUGUGAGUUCUGGAAGAAGUCUUGUUGUUUUGAUAUGUUGAAGUCAAUUAAUGUUAAUGUAUGCUGACCGCCUCUGGGUAUUUUAAUACGGCCUUUCAUUAUUAACGAGAAACAAUUUCAUGUUACCAUGUAUUUCUAUAUCAGUAUAUUGUUGUAAAGCAAUCAGCAUAUAUUGCAGACACUUACUGUUAUUUACUUGAUGAAAUUUAUUUAUUUACCCUCCUACGAGACAAUAGUAGUGGUAGCAGUAGUAGGUAACAUCAAGUAAAUAAUUCCAGCAAUCCCCGCAAUUAAGAAUGUCCAUGGCAAAAAAAAAAAAACCUUUGUCAUUGAAAAAAAAACCCUGAAUAUAGUCCAAGGUAAAAAAGUGCUGUGGAGAAUUGUUGAUUGCUAUGGGCAAUUGUCUGCAGGGUUGUUCAAAUGUCUGUUUAUACUCUGUUGCAUUCAAUGUGUGACAAGUAUUAACACCUCGCCCUCUUUCUGCUAUUGAGGUGUUGUAAAUUAGUUGUUACAAACUCGCUGUGAUGUAUGCUAUGCUACUAUUAUGUCGCUAGUUCUACCCUCCAUUUAAGACUGCUCAGUACUUUUGCCACUUUUCUAUAAAAAAGGAAAUUGAAACCACAUUUCUUGCCUAGUAUCCCUUUUCAUAUACUUGUACAGUUUUAAUGUCAUUGGAAAAUGCAUAUAUUCUUUUCUUUUUUAUUCAGCUAUUAAUAACUACAUAUUAUUAUUGUAGAAACUUGGAAUUAAUGAACUUGAUUACCUAUUAGUCAUUACUUGAUGAAUGCGCAGAAAGGAUAAAACCAGAUUUGGAUCUUAUGGCCAUUUACAUGUUGAAUACAAAAUAUAUUCAACAAGGUAUGCAAUAAACAUCCUUAAUUAAGGAGACAUUUAUGUUAUAGGUGAUGAAUACAUGAAUAUUGUAAAUUGUUUUGUUUUUAUGAGUCAAAUAUUUUAAUUUCUAAGUAUUUGGGCAUUAAAAUAAAUGCUGAUAAGUUGGCUUGAAACCUUUAAUAGUGGCAUAAAAUGCUAAUUACAGGGACAGUCCUAACUUUAUAGUCAUUGUGUUAUGCUUCUGGCCAGUAGAGGUUUUUUAAUUCACAAAAUUAGGUAUUAUGUUUUCUUGCAGAGGAUAUUAAUGUCUGUAUAUCCAAUCUGGUUUUGUUUUGUCAUGAAUCUUAAAGGCACUCCGUCUUAGAUGGUUGACCAAAGAGAAACUAACUAUGGACAGUACACAAACUAACAACAGGGCUUGAACUUGAUAAUUUUUCACCAAUUGCAAUUUUUUUAAAAGUGAAUUUUACUGCAAAUAUAUAAUAUGACUAAAAGGUUAGUUUGCUGUAUGUAGUCAUAUUUCAAAUGCGCAAAAUUGCAAGGGGCAAUAAAACUCAAUUUGUUUUUAAUACCAGUAAAGCUGUGACCACUCCCAGAUUCCACUUUAAAUUAUGUCAUGUUUCUGGUAACAACUGCCCCAACAGUGACGUGAUUUUACCAACAUAAUAAUAAUAAUACAAAAUUAUUAUUAUUAUUAGCCUACUAUUAUCUUUUCGGGGUGGAGGGGGCGGUGUUAUAUCAGGGUAGGGGGUUGGCUAUAAAAAUACAAGAUUAAUGUGUGUGCACACACAAACGGCAGGCUCAACUUCCCCUUGCAGGUAGAACUGGAUUCAACUGGGUUAAGCCAACCUUUAGACGGCAAAACAUGUUUUUUCACAUUAAACCGAAUGACCACUUUGCAAAUCGGUCAAAAUAAUUUGCAACCGUUCAGUUAAAAGUGACUGACUGGCCUCAUUAGCGACGCUGAAAAAAUGUUACCCGUUUUUGAACCGAGCACUAUAGAGUUGUAACCAUCUAGACUCUUGCCCCUGUUAAAUACGAUGCACACACACCUGAAGUGGUACUGUGUACGUAACUCAGUAAAAAAAACCCACCCAAAAGACACAAAUUAGUUUUUUUUAAAUCAUAAUAAUAAUAAAAUAAAAAUUGCGAGUUCAUGUUCCGACUGUUUAUUUUAUUUCAGCAUAUUCACUGUCAUUGUCAUGAAAUAAUAUAUUUUUAAUUAUUUGCUAUGUAUAUAGACGGCCCUCAUUUGACAAGUCUAUACAUGGUUGUCGUUUAUAUAAAAUUCAAUACCUUAUACGGCUGUCGUAUAAGCCUCAUCACCUCAAGUCUGUUUUGCCAUACGUUUUGUGACUUCCAAAUUUUAAAAAUGUCAUAGAAUUACCUCGAUUGUGGUUAAGUUACAAUAUUUUGGAUGAUAUAAUAGCAAGGUUUGGUAUUCCAAAUGAAUGUAAUUUCCAUUUAUAAUCCAUAUUUAGAGAAAUAAGGCCCAAUAAAUCUGACUGAGUGCCUUUAAUGUUUGUAAUAACUCAAAUUUGAUUUUAUCUCAUUAGUUUGUAUGCAUCAUUAGAAGGUAGGGACGGGAUUUAGUUCACUCGAGGUGGCUGCGUCGCAGAAUUAAACCACCUCUGAGGAUCCAUUCAACUGAUUGAGGCGUUUUCUUGUUCCAGCCAUUGCAUCACAACUGGUCAAAGGCAGUGGUAUGUGCUUUCCUGUCUGUGGGAAAGUGCAUAUAAAAAAUCCCAUGCUGCAUUAGG